GGCUGUGGUACCCCCUCUACUGCCAGGAGCCCUUUGUGAUGAGGAGGAGGCACAGCUGUGUGAUGUGGCCUGAGCCCUCCUGACACAUCUCACACUCACUGCACUCAAGGAGUCAGUAGCCUGAGAGCUGCACUGCGAUUAAGAAGAUGGAGCAUUUUCUCGUUCUAAUGAAGACCAUGGAUGAGCCCCAGCAUUACACACAUAGCAAUGGACGCGAGCAUUGCCAUUAUGUGUGGAGCUGGGCUCUUUUUCCUACUACUCCCCUUCCUGGAAGAGUGCCCAGUGUCACCAGCAUCUGGAAGCCAAAAGGACAUGCUCAAGGUUGUAGAGAUGGAGGAAAAAAUGUGGAAGAGACCAAGACUCCAUCACAACCUCCAAAACUUCCCAACAAGCAACUCUUCCUGGACUCCACACCACAAACGUUUUGGAAACUGAGUCAAAAAACAGAUCACCAUUCUUUCUCUCAGCUGUUCAAUUAUCUCAAGCUCAUGGAGGAUCUUAUACAACAGAAGUUUAGUGUGCUCUUCUGGGGCACAUGCUCCAUUUUCUCGGAAUCAGUGAUGGCUACUGCCCACGAGCUCAGAAGCCCUUCCUUGGCAAAAUGUAGAUUCGUAAGGUCUAUUGAUGCUUGUGGUCCUGCCCAAGAUCCAUCCCAGACUAAAAGACCUCCACAGCAUUCCCAGGAUCAGCCAUGACCUCACCAACUUGUAACACCAUUCUUGGUAGGUGUGAAUAAAGUCCAAGAAGAAGAAAUCUUCCCAAAAUCUACCCCAAAACAAACACCUCCUUGUUUCAAAAGUAGGGCCUAUGUAGUCUCAUGUCCUAACAUGGAGAGAAGGAUACAGGCAUCCCUACCAAAGGAAAGCCUGCCCCGGAAACAUGGAAUGUAUUCAAAAGACACCAAGGAUUAUGAUAACCCAAAACAUCAAAAAGCCAUUAGCAAACCCACUGGGAACUUCCCAAGGGGCAUCCUGCAUACUAAGGCUAUCAGGCCAGCCUCCAUCCAUCCAGAGCAUUGCCAGAUGCUCCAGCACCAUAAGGAGCCACAGAAUAAACACAUGGCAACUAAUGUAAGAGAAGAACAAGGAACCCUCUUCAGAUUCCUCCCAUGCAGAAAACUGACCCAGGUUCAGGGACAUUUCCCAGCACACAAUGAUCAUGAAUGCAAGAGCAGUCAACUCUAUCAGGCUGACCUGUCCUCCAUCCUCAACUCCAAAACCUACAAGUAUAGCAAAUUGAAGGGGUCUAUGCCCACAAGGGUACCAUUAAAGAAGGACAGAGCAAAGUCUGAUGUGCAUAACACCAAGAAGGAACUUGGUGUUGGGCCAAAACAGGAGCCUUGCACUUCAAGCAGCACUCCUGGAAAGGUGCUGAAACCCAGGAAACCUGCACUGAGGACAGAGGAAGUGUCCUACAUGAAUGCUGCUGAGCAUCAUUCCCUGCUUGACUCAAAGACUGAAAGGAUGCCAGCAUCAAACAUCAUACAGAUUCCUAUGAAAUACAGAAGUAGACCAUAUCGGCAGACCCUUGAGGCAAGGGAUCCCACCCCAUCUGGAGUUCCACCCUCAAACCUUACCAAGGUUGUGUAUCCCUCCUCACCCAUCUGUGAUUCCAAGGCUGCGUACUAUUCCAAGGCUGCCAUGGUCCUGGAAAAAUUGCAUCACCAAGAUCCAGGAGGAACAAUGGCAGAAAGUACAUUAGCUGCCAGGCUAGAGAGAGCUGAGUUCAUAACUCACCCAGAGGUUCAGGAGACCCAAAGAGCCCCUCCACCUGCUGCCAGCCAUGGGACCCCAAAGGCCCAUCCACAUCCAUUGCAGAGAUACCUGAGUGUUCAGAGACCUGUUUUGUACUUCUAGGCAGCAGAUCCCCAACAGAGCAGGACUAUUCAAGGCAUUGGAAAAGGCAGCCCGCAACCAAAUACCAAUCCCAAAAUGGCCAAGCAUGCACCACAGAAGGGCUUUCAGAAGGUAGACUCAGGACACUGCCUCCAGUGUGUGACAAUGGAAGGCACUGGAGAGAGGGUCCCACCACCUUCAGCAGCCAGACAAAUUAAUAUAGUGGAGGUAAAAGAAGAGCCACUUUGUGCAUGGGGAGUGAGUCUGGGAUCCAGUGAGAUUCACAAUAGCCAAGACAUCAGUAUCAGUUGCAGGGUCUGUGGGUCUUUAGGGGCCAACAGACUCCCAGCUCAUCUACAAACACCUACCCCACAACACUCACAGGACUCAACUUUAAAAACACAAGUCUACAGUAACAUUAUUUUGAGUUCAAACAAACAGAAAGAGGCCUGGCCUGUGAGCCAUCAUCCAGAUGGUCCCAGUAGAGUAUGCCCUGCUAAGGUCAGCUUAUCUUCACAGGACUCACUGCCCAGCUUCCAGACUAGAGGCCAAAACCCCAAGACUUUCCAGGGCUUAUGUGAUGUCUUCAUGAGGAGACACGAGAGGGUGGAUACUUGAGAGAACAGAGUCCUGAAGAAUAAGAUUGAAAUUUGGGAUCAUAAUAGGGUUCAUCCCCAUGAAGAGAGGCAGAGUACUAGAAGAUCAAGAGCCCUUAGCCAUGGAAAAAAGCUUGAGGAAGUAAGGCCUUCCAUCCCAAGCUCCACCCACCUCAAGGAUACAGCCAAGUCUCAGAUACCAGAAAAAGGAGAGGCUACUUCUAAAAGCUCUUGGAAGAACAUCCCAAGGUAUGCUUUACAAUAUGGAAACCACAGUACAAAAUACACCGGGCUUGGGGAUUCUUUAAAGAUUGAUCACCCCCCACCAGCUGCUGAGCAUACACAAGAAAACUUAACAAGAAAAAUGGUCAUCUACCGUGUGAUAGCUGAACUGCAAUCCCUUAUGUAUGUUCUGUUCCAGAUCUUGGAGGACACUGAAGGAGACCCAUUAGAUGUACAAGGGUGUACAGUAGAAUCACUGACAUCCCAGCUAGGUGGCUCAGCCCACUCUUCUGAGGGUCUGUAUGACACAAACCAUAGCAGACUAGCAAGCAGAGGGAUGGGCCACGUCAGCUCUGAGAUGAAUAAAAAUCCCUUCACAUAUAGAGGAAUUGGAGAUAAACAGCAGUCAGUGAUUAAAGUCCAGAGAGCCUGUGACCAACAUUUGAACCAAGAGAAGAGAGGAAUGUACUUGGACCAGCUCCACAUGCCCAAGGGUUAUGACUUUCUAUGUAGGCACAGGGAAAUUAGAGACAAGUAGGAGCCAGGUCUUGCUGACCAGAGAGCCUGUGACCUAGGUAGAACAAAGAUUGUAAUGGGCCACUGUCCACAUAGAAACCCUGAGUGGCACAAGCUUUCAUUGAGAUACAAUAAAACUGUAGACAAACAGCAGCCAGGUGUUAACCAUAAAACCUUUGACCCACAUCAAAUUAGAAAGAAAGGCAUGGGCUGUGGCUGCUUUCUGAAUCCCAAAGAGAACCACCCAGUCAAUCACAGGAGAACUGACUGCUCUUGGCCUUCAUUUGCUGCCCAGGGAGCCUCUGAACCCAGAUAGACCUACCAGAAUAGGUCAAGGGGCAGCUGGCUCAGGCCAUCCAUGCCUUCCCACACCAGGAUGUUCUAGAAGAUGUCCCAUCUGCCCACCCAUUGUUUCCCCCAUGCCUCCUGGUAAUAAACUUGGUUUUGUCCCUGCAA